AAUAUUCCUGCUUAAAUUCUUCCCGUAUUUCCGAGCCACUCCUACGCCACUGGAAUAUUGAUCCGAAAGCGGGAGAAAUCAAUAUGAACUUAAACUCUGACGAGGCUGGCGCAUGCCGCAUGACCCCAAACUCUGAACUUCCUUCUCCCUUACUCGAUACCAUUCUUCCUAUCCUUCGAGUUCGCUGACCAUCUCCAGGGAGAUUUUCUUUGGUUAAUAAUAGUACACAAUAUUCUUCAUUCUGCGAAAAGAGACACGCAUAAAACAUGUCUGGUAGCAAGUGUGUUAAACCACCGAGGAAGACUUAUGCCAAGGAACCACACGAAAUGAGCCACGCAGAAAAGCUUAGGCUUAUCGAUGAUGACCUGAACUCAUUUUAUAAAUAUUGCCAACAAGCUGGCUUUACCGAAGAAGAGAUGGAUAUAAUUUGCCAGCCAUUAGUGGCAGCUAUGCGUCGGUCCUGGUUACAGCUGGCAUUUCGAGCUGCAUUGGUUCUCAUUGUAGUUGGAACUAUAGCGUGUCUUGCAGCUCAACUGGAUUUUGUUGGAACUCACUUUUCGGCCAUAGGUCGCCUACUGCUCAUAAAAAUCCUGCCAAUUUGGAAUUGGCAGCCACUGUAUUAUGAGAAUUGUAUGAUCAACAAUCCUUUUUACAACGACUAUACCAUCACUGAAGAAGAUUGUGUGACUUGCGAGGCUUUAGAGACUAUCGAUCGCUUAUCUGACGUCCGAUAUCGUCAAUUGGUUGAUAAUUAUUUAAGUCGAGAUGCUCCUGCUAUUAUAACAGAUGCUAUGAAUUCUUGGCCAGUUAUGAACACUGAUUAUUUCUGGUUCGAUAACAUUACUCAUCUUUAUUUGGAAAAUGAACGUCUAAUGGAAACAGUCCCCUGCGCAUUGACCUCAAAUCUUCGAACAGGUUCAUCUGACCUAGCAGCUUUUUUGCGCAGAGUCCAUUCUCCAGAAGUGGCCAAAUGGUUUGUCCAUUGGCAAAAUUGCGACAUUAAUGCAGUUAAAGUCCUUCGAAAGUAUUAUCAGCGACCAUAUUUUCUAUCAAGUACAGUAUCUCCCGCACACUUUAACUGGGUCCUCAUGUCCUCGGACUAUAAUAGUCCUAGCUACAAAAAGGUCGAGUUGGAUUCUGGUCUGAUAGCCCUAGCUCAAUUGAGAGGGGCUACGCAGCUUAGAUUAACCCCAAUCAAUCCAUGCAACAGUUCAUGCCCAGAAUUAGUUGCUGAUCUUCACCAGGGUGAGAUGUUGGUGUUUACCAAUAUUAUGUGGACGUUAGAAUAUGCUCCAAUGCGAGGGCUGGACAACAUUGCAAUUCUCACGGAAACUGUGUGGGAAGAUGAUAUCUAGAAUGAGAUUGAAAUAAUUAUUAUCAAAAAAUUAUAAAUAAUAAACAUUGAUAUACUGUAAGACGCAUAAUACUGUAUUAGCAUGAGAACAAUUUGUGUACUGAUUCAUCAAGGAAAUUAUAUGUAUCUCUUGAACAAUAAUAAAUGAUUUGGUCCCAUCAGAACACAAACAUUAA